AGGACAACACAUCCAGUAUUCCAUCUCGAGACUGUCUGUAUUUUGUCGAUUCGUGCCUGGAUCGCACAAUCCGCGCCGUGACGAGCAUGUCGGCUCCGGUCGCUUAUACAUGUUCGAGAUUGCUGCAUAGCCUUCAAAAUCAGGCCAAAGCGCUUCUACCUCUUCUCUUUCUUAUUCUAUACACCUUGUUGGGCGCUUUAUUAUUUAGCGAGUUGGAAGGGCCAAACGAACAGUAUGAGUUGGAAGUCCUCAAAAAGCAAAGACAUGACCUUUUUGAGAACACUGUAUACCGGCUAAACAAUGUGAGAGGCAUGCAGCCUUUGGCAGCUCUCAAUCAUACCAGGAAGAAUUUGUUACGGUUUCAAGAAAAACUUGGUGUCGAGGAGGUGAAUCCAGAGGAAACUCGAUGGACUUUCUGGGGAGCCGUCUGGUACUGCAUGACUGUUUAUACAACCAUCGGUUACGGUAACAUUGUUCCUGUAACAACAGCUGGUCGUGUCCUGACUAUUUUCUACGCUUUUAUUGGUAUUCCUAUUGCUGUGCUCACCCUGUUUGCUCUCGGAGCGAUAUUUGCAAGGAUAUGUAAAAUAAUCUGGACUUACAUGCUUAGAUCAACUAAUGUGGUCAGCAAGGAUUUAGAAAAGAAGGUAAAUGCAGCAGUAGGGUUUGAUGAACAACAUCAAGUUCAAUCUUCAUCCACUGACGAUGAGGACUUAUUGUCAUUUCCUAUCUCUUUCCUAGUCUUCCUUACCGUUUUAUGGGUAUUCAUAUGUGCUUGGAUUUUUACGUUGUUUGAAGACUGGAGCUAUGGAACUUCUCUAUACUUCACAUUGAUUUCAUUUACAACUAUUGGAUUUGGCGAUGUUCUUCCAUCAGAGUACGAUUUCAUCGUACUUGUUGGAUUCCUUUUACUCAUAGGCUUGUCGCUUGUCUCAACUGUGCUUACCAUGAUUCAACAACAGAUAGAAGCUUUGGCAACAGGCAUGCAAGCCAACAUUGACCGCGAAUAUAUGAAUGCUCUGGCAGAGGCUGCUGAUGAUGGUGCGAUUUCCGAAAAAGACAUGAAGCAGUUGAGUUCUGGAAAAACGAAUGCGGUUGAGAGUGGAGCAGACGGACACUUGAAAAAAGAUGAAGUUGAUCCCCGGUCAAUCGAUGCUGUGAUAUCCAGGAUGCCUCUGAAAUCGAGAUUACUUUACAAAGUCAUGCCAACGGCUUCAAAGAAGAAGCUCGCCGAGCAAUCUGAACUCAAAUUACAUCGACGUAAUCGAGCUACACAAACUGACAUAGUUUUGCUAGAGUCGCUCAUACAUGAAGAAAUACUGAAGAUGGAAUUGAAUAACGAGCUACCUCCACGAAAAGAAUCACCAAGUCGGGGAUUUCGGAUUGCAAAUGUGAUUCCUGUCUCUGUUGAAGAUCCCAAGCCAACAAUUAAGACAACAACUAUUCGAGAAGAUGAGGUUUAG